CAGUUGGGUUAGAUAGCUGCAACUGGAAAACUACCAAGCGUGAGAACGCGUCGAGCGAAGGCAUCGGCCGUCCGCACAGCCAAAGCAUUCCGCCCUCUGUUCGCUGCGACCGGAUCCAACCAGGAAUGGAGCUACCUGCAGCCGGGGAGCACGUCUUCGCGGUGGAGGGGAUCGAAAAGAAACGCAUUCGGAAGGGCAAGAUAGAGUACCUGGUCAAGUGGCGAGGAUGGUCUCCCAAGUUCAACACGUGGGAGCCGGAGGAAAACAUCCUUGACCCGCGUCUUCUCGUCGCGUUUCAAAACAGAGAGCGCCAGGAGCAGCUGAUGGGAUAUCGUAAACGGGGGCCGAAACCCAAACAUCUUUUAGUCCAGGUGCCCUCCUUUGCACGUAGAUCCAGCCUCCCCACGGGUUUUGAGGAGACGUCCCCGGAUGCAGAGAGCUGCCUCAGGACAGACGCCAUGCAGGUACAGCGCGCCCAACCUCAGCAGUACCAGCUAAACAGCAAGAAGCACCAUCAGUACCAACCCAGCAGCCAGGAGGUUCCUGCCGACCAGCUCGCCAGUGGAAAAAAGAAGUUCAUCUACCAGCUCAACAGCAAGAAGCACCAUCACUAUGAGCCGGACCCCAGCCUUCAGGCCUCCAGGCUCAAGGAGGUCAUCAAAGUGCAAGACCCAGCUAAAAAGCCAACCAAUCCUGGGUGGAAUUUACCUCUGGCUCUGCAACAGAAAUGGGUCCGUGACAAAGACACCGGGUGCUUGAGCAAAGUUAAAGAACUGGCAGUAGAAGUAAGGAAACCGGCAACGAGUGUCAAGGAGGCAGAGAGUGAACACGCCCUAAAGCCCAACCCUAAAGACGCAAACCUCCCGAGCGCCAUCAGUAGCAAAAUGAAGAUAAUCAAGAACAAAAACAAAAACGGACGUAUUGUUAUUGUCAUGAGCAAGUACAUGGACAGUAACAAGGUGCAUGGGUCGAAGGCUAAACACGGAGAGUCGUCACAGGGAGAGAAACCCGAGCACCCCAAACCGUCAGAGAACGAGUCUCUCAAAACCAAAACAGUCGAGCAGCUGCGCGCGGAAAACAGUGUACCCAAAGACAUCUGUAUCGGCAGCUCCCCCCCCGCCGCAGAACAUCCCAAAAAGUGUUCUCCGAAGGAUGGACACUUCUCCAAACCCUCGCCAAGUACCGCAGAGGAAUACAACACAGAGGUGGCCCGCGGCCAAGCUGAUCUGCCAGAUGACCUACCCUUACAGCUAACAACUAGCCCAUCCCCGACUUCGUGGGCCAUAGACACGAAUAUCCUAACCCCUACGGUCACUGACCAGAUCCGGAUCCCCUCCUUCCCCAAUGACCGCAAACGUAAGCUUUCCGAGCCUGUGGAUGACAGGAAGGUUUCUAAGACUUUGUUGACCUCAAGAAGCCUCAGCGUCCCGUGCAGUGCGGUUACUCCACCGCAGGACAAGCCAAUGGACCUUCACUGUAGUGUCCGACGUCACAGCAGUACAUACCCAUAUGAUGGUACAGACUCUAACAGCCAAGAGGAGCCUAUGGAUCUUAGCUGUCCAAAGAUCAAGAAGAAGGCCGCGCCAGAAGUACAACCAGAUCCAGUACCCGAGCCUGAAAGUCCAGCUCCUGUGACCGAUGAGACAGAGAAACCCACAGAGAGGCCUAAGGAAGAGCCUGCUCAAAAUGUUUCUCCCUUUUUCGGAAAUAUCGUAAUCACAGAUAUUACGGCCAACAGUCUCACCGUCACAUUCAAGGAAUACGUGUCUUUCUAACCGACUGCCAGUUUGUCGAAUGGUCGCGCGAAUGACCGUUCGGAGGAUCCUGUCAAUAUGUACAUAUGUGUAAAUAUAUGGGAGAAUUUUGUACAUAUAAAAUUUGAUAAUUUAUCAUUCAAAUACAAUAUGUUUCUUAUAGUGUUUUAUACUCUAACUCCUCUGUAAUAUUAAGCUAAGAAAGUGCCGCUGAGGAUUUGAGUGACUGUGUGCAGGUGGCUGAACACC